CAGCCACGAGCCCUGAACCCUCGCCAACCUGCCCCGGCUCACUUCUAGCCUCCGCGUACGCACUGCAGCGCCAAGCCUACGCCCGGGAGGCCGCGGGUGUCCGCGCAGUUGUUGCGGUGCAUGUGCAGUCCGCGCGCUACCCCGUGUCUUUGUGUACCUGUGCGUGGUUGUGCAACUCUCUCCUUUCGGAGAGGUAGGGGUGGCGGCGGCGAGGUGGGGGAAGUAGGAAUGUCGCCGGCGGGGCGCUCACGUGGGUGCGUGGGCGCGGAGAGGGCCGGUUGUGCAUCCGGCGUGGGCGGCACGGAGCGACCUCGCCCCGCCCGCUGGGCCCCCAAGCCCGCCCUCCACAGCCCGGCCUCGGUCACCUCGGUCCCCAACUCGGCGCCCGGGCUCCGAAUCCCCGCCCCAACCCCCGGCUCUCAAACCCCCUCCCCGCGUCUCCGCCUCGCUCUGUCUCUGUGCCUUGGCAUCUACGCGGCCGAGAGGCCCUGGCGCCCGCCCCCCGCCCCCCGGCCCCAGCCCCCGGCUCUGCCCACGCCCUCCGCCCGCCAGCCCGGCAGCCAGCGCAGCGCCGGGCCUCGCUCCCCGUGCGUCCUGCGGAGGCGGAGGCGCGGAGCGGCGGCGGGCGCAGCCGGGGAGGUGGGGGUAGAGGCACAGACAGAGGCGCGGAGGCUCGGAGAGAGAGGACGUGGAGGGAGGGACGGAGCCUGGACAGCGGUGGACACGGCCGCGCGCGCAGGGAAGAGCGCAGCGCGCAGCAGGCGCCGAGCGCCGGGCAGCGACAGGGGCAGCCUGGGUGGUCUCCGGCCGUCCAUGCAGAGAGCGCCCUCCCCCACCGCUGAGCAGCCGCCGGGCGGAGGGGACAGCGCCCGCCGGACCCCGCAGCCCAGACUCAAGCCUAGUACCCGGGCCAUGGCCCUGCCCCGGACUCUGGGAGAACUGCAGCUGUACCGGGUCCUGCAGCGUGCCAAUCUCCUCUCCUACUAUGAGACCUUCAUCCAGCAGGGAGGCGACGACGUGCAGCAGCUGUGUGAGGCAGGCGAGGAGGAGUUCCUGGAGAUCAUGGCGCUGGUGGGCAUGGCCACCAAGCCCCUCCAUGUCCGGCGCCUACAGAAAGCACUGAGGGAAUGGGCCACUAACCCAGGUCUCUUCAGCCAGCCCGUGCCUGCUGUGCCUGUCUCCAGCAUCCCACUGUUCAAGAUCUCUGAGACUGCGGGCACCCGCAAAGGCAGCAUGAGCAAUGGGCACAGCAGCCCAGGGGAGAAGGUGGGCGGAGCCCGCAGCUUUAGUCCCAAGAGCCCUCUUGAACUUGGAGAAAAACUGUCACCACUGCCUGGGGGUCCUGGCACAGGGGACCCUCGGAUUUGGCCAGGCAGGAGUACUCCAGAAUCAGACGCUGGGGCGGGAGGAGAAGAGGAGACUGGCUCACCCCCCUUUUCCCCACCUGCAGGGGGCGCAGUCCCUGAGGGGCCUGGGGCUGGGGGUCUGGCAGCAGGUGGGGCCGGAGGUAGUCCAGACCGCCUGGAACCAGAAAUGGUCCGCAUGGUGGUGGAGAGCGUGGAGAGGAUCUUCCGAAGUUUCCCAAGGGGGGAUGCUGGGGAGGUGACUUCCCUGCUAAAGCUGAAUAAGAAGCUGGCUCGGAGUGUGGGGCACAUCUUCGAGAUGGAUGACAACGACAGCCAGAAGGAAGAAGAGAUUCGCAAGUACAGCAUCAUCUAUGGCCGCUUUGACUCCAAGCGGAGGGAGGGCAAGCAGCUGAGCCUGCAUGAGCUGACUAUCAAUGAGGCCGCUGCCCAGUUCUGCAUGAGGGACAACACGCUGUUGCUGCGGCGGGUGGAGCUGUUCUCCCUGUCUCGCCAGGUGGCCCGCGAGAGCACCUACCUGUCCUCCCUGAAGGGCUCCAGGCUGCACCCUGAAGAGUUGGCAGGCCCUCCACUGAAGAAGCUGAAGCAAGAGGUUGGAGAACAGAGUCACUCUGAAAUCCAGCAGCCUCCCUCAGGCCCUGAGUCCUAUGCACCACCAUACCGCCCCGGCCUGGAGGAAGACAGUGCCAGCCUGUCUGGGGAGAGCCUCGAUGGUCACCUGCAGGCUGUGGGGUCGUGCCCAAGGCUGACGCCGCCCCCUGCUGACCUGCCUCUGGCAUUACCAACCCAUGGGCUGUGGAGCCGCCACAUCCUGCAGCAGACACUGAUGGAUGAGGGGCUGCGGCUCGCCCGCCUCGUCUCCCACGACCGCGUGGGCCGCCUCAGCCCCUGUGUGCCUGCAAAGCCACCCCUCGCAGAGUUUGAAGAAGGGCUGCUGGACCGAUGCCCUGCCCCGGGGCCCCACCCUGCCCUGGUGGAAGGCCGCAGGAGCAGCGUCAAAGUGGAAGCUGAGGCCAGCCGGCAGUGAGGGGCAGACUGGUGCCACCUGCCCUGCUGGGCACCCCAGCCUUCUGGUUCACACGGACCCCCGGAAUGCCUGCCCCAACACUAGGACAAUAGGGGCGUCUGGUCACAGCUUCUGCAGCCUCUGCACCUACUCCAGGAGCGGAGAGCUGUGGGGCUUCAAGCAAUAACGAGCAGGGGCCUGGCGAGAAGAUACAAGCAGGGUGCUUGGUGUCCUCUCCUGCCCCUCCCUCCCCCCACCCGCCCACAGCAAGGGGUCAAGGCCUGCGCUCUGGAGCCUGAGGGACCCCUCCCUCCCACAGCACACUCCCAUUCUUCCUAGGUUGGCAUUGGUGUGUGUGCUGAGCAGUUGGAUUGCGUCUGGACAUGGGGGAAGGGGGACUACGCUGGGAGGGUCCAGCAUCUAAAAAGGGCAACAUUGUCCCUCCUGGAACUGGAGGACUGAGGGUCUGGAAAUCCUGGACCUGCACAUUUCUCCCUGCCCCUUCCCCGUUUUUUGUGCUUCUAGUUUGUCUCUUUACUUUAACAAGUGCUACAGUCUGCCCCCUUCCCACCUCAACCCUUUCUCUCCCCUGCAAGUCCUCAGCAAUUUUUUCCCUCCUGCUCUCUGGUGGGGGGGCGGGGGGAUCCCCUCAGCGGCCCCCUCAGAAGGCCUGGGUCCACUCAGGGUCUCCCCCUCGCCAGCUGGGGGCUAGACCCCCAGCACCUAGCCGAGCAGUUAGAGCAUCUUUCUUUUCAGAUUGUGUACAGUAGAUUAUUUAUUUUGUUAUUUUGGAAUAAAAUUUAUUUUAUGGCUUAGGA